AGUCAAUCAAAAUUCGCAUUUUGCUGUUAGGUAAUUUAAAAUGACAGCUCACGCAAAACUCGAACUUAGUUGAAAAGCAUUCGUUGUGGCGAUCUAAACGAACUCCACUCCCACAUCCCGCAACCCACAUCCGACAUCCCAUUGAGUGAUCAGUAUGCUGCAUUUCAUCGUACCAGUUUUGCUACUCCUGAUAUUCCUUUUUAUCUAUCUGCAUUUAAAGAAGAGUUAUAGCUACUUUCGUCGCCAUAGGCUGCCUUAUUUGCCGGCCUCUGUCUGGACGCCAUUGGGUCAUCUCAGGCAGCUGCUCCUGCUGCACAUCUCCUUUGGCGAUCUCUUCAAGAAUAUUUAUGCAGAUGAGCGCAUUGAAGCGGAGAAGCUAGCUGGUUUCUUUGUCUUUCAAACACCCGCUUUGAUACUACGCGAUCCGGAAAUUAUACGCUUGGUGCUUGUCAAGGAUUUCAAUAGAUUUCUCAAUCGCUAUGAAGCCGCCGAUGCUGGACAUGAUGCGAUGGGUGCACUGACUCUGCCACUGGCCAAAUAUCAUCAGUGGCGUGAGAGUCGACUGUGCAUGUCGCAGCUCUUUACCAGUGGACGCAUAAAGCAGCGCAUGUAUCCUUUGAUCCUCGAGGUGCUACACGAUCUCGAACAGCAUCUGGAGCGGAAUAUGUGUGGUCAAGCGGAACGUGUGUUGCCCCUGAGUGAAAUGUGUCAACUCUACACGACGGAUGUGACUGGGAAACUGUUCUACAGCUGGAAUGGGGCAGGAUUGCGGCAGAAUCAAUCGCAGUUGCGGCAACAGGCCAAGCAGCUCUUUAAACCCGACUUGAUGAAGUUGCUCCAUUUUAUGAGCAUCUUCUUUUUGCCACAAUGGACAGGUUGGCUGCGCGCGAAGGUCUUCUCCACGCCAUAUGCCAGAUUCAUGAGACAAUUAGUAAGCCAGCAUACCAAAUCCGAGUCUGGUGAUGAUCUCAUUGAUCAUCUGCAGCAGUUGCAAGGCCGACGGCCGGCCAAACAUUAUGUUCAUCAUGAGGAUUUCAUUGCCUCGCAAGCGGGCAUCUUUCUGCUCGCUGGCUUUGAGACAUCCUCAGCUCUGCUGGCCUUCACCCUGUAUGAGUUGGCCAAGCAGCCCAGGUUGCAGCAGCGUUUAAGGCAGGAGUUGCACUCAGCCUUUGGUGACUCUUUCAACUUGAGUUAUGAGACAGCUGUCAAGUUGCCGUAUCUGAAAAUGGUUUGCCUGGAGGCACUGCGUCUAUAUCCCGCUGCUGCCUUUAUCAAUCGAGAAUGCACCCAACCAGAAGGUUUCUCGCUGCGGCCGCGUAUUGAUUUUGUGAUACCGUGCGGCAUGCCAGCCUAUAUAUCCAUAUUGGGCCUGCAGCGAGAUGAGAAGUACUGGCCGAACCCUUUGCACUUUAAUCCGGAACGUUUUGCACCGCAGCAUAUCACACAGAUUACGCCCAUGACUUUUAUACCCUUUGGUGCGGGUCCACAUGGUUGUAUAGGCAGUCGUCUCGGUUUGCUGCAGUUGAAGCUGGGCGUGGCUCACAUUUUGAAAACAUAUCGCGUUGAGUUCUGUGCUCAGACAGUGCCCGAAAUACGCUUUAAUCCCCAUACCUUUAUGCUAGAGUCUUUGGAUGAGCUGUAUUUGCAUUUCUGUCGCGAUCCCCUGUAGUAUUACCUAAUACUAUUAUAUACUAUCUAUAAAUUACUUAGUGGCUGUGAUAUACUUGUCAUUCAUCAGUAGACUCCAAGUAAGUGCGACAUACUUUGUUAUCCAAUUAGAAAUUGACACGAGAAAAUCGAAAAUCACUUGAAACCGGUUGAAGAUGCACGCAAGGCCAAAUGUAUAUACAUAUAUAUAUAUAAAUAUAUUAAGUAAAAAACCUCAGGUAGUCGCUUUAGUACAUUAUUGUUUCAAAGUAUAAAUUAUUUUUAUUCUGUUCGUUACAUAAAUAAUUCAA